CUUUAGGAAUGAUCUGCUACCUUAUCCACUUUUGGUCGGUGAAUGAACUCGCGAGUAAUGGCAAAAUUCUCCCUGUGCGUCCUUCUUUUAAUACUGAAAAACGCCGGAGGCGCAUCUUUUUACUGUAAGUCUGAGAUAAAAAAACCAAUUCUCAAUUUCAUUUAUUAGCAAAAUGUGACAUAGAAGGAAUUAGUAAUUCGGCGUGGAUUGGCGGUCUUCACCUACCCAACGCAAUAAAUGACACGCACUCGGGUGAAAUAAUUAGGUUUAAAACGAACCAUAUUAAAGAUUACAGAACUCCUUAAAGUCUCAGAUGACAGAUAUCUAAGUGGAAGGAUGCUAAAUGAUGAGUUAAUUUUGUACACUACUGAGAAUUUUUCAAAAUUAGUAGAAGAAAAGCACGAAGGCGAUAUAAAAAUAAUAUUACACUUUAAAUGUUCGGAUGAUCGGGAGGAUUAUAUCAGCGUUUACCAAAAAAUCGCCAUUCUCAAUCGCAACAGCCCAGUUUUCUCUCGCAAAAUCUACCAUUACAAGUUAGGCAUGGCAAUUCCUGAAGAUUUCGAGUUAACUGAACUACUACCAAUAAAUGCAACCGAUGUAGAUUAUACGACGAACAUGAUCUAUUUUACCAUCGACUUCAAUCAAGAUUUUAGGUUGGGUUACAAGGGGGUUACUGAUGGCAAAGGGGUUUUCUCUACAAGACUAUCAAGUUUGAAAACAAUAAGGGCCCCGUACAGAAAAGAGUUCAGUAUUACCGCAACUGAUGAUGGUUUUCCAAAAUUAAAUUCAACUGCAACUUUGAUCGUCACCGUAAUGGACAACGUUGAUAACUUAUCUGGGGAAAAUACGUCCCCAAAGUGUAAUGGUGCAAUUGGGAAAAGUUUUAAUAUUUUAUUAUUGUUAAUUAUACAUGCUAGUCUACACCUGAAUUAAAGGUACCUACACUGCCCAUCGUAUUACACGGUGUGUUUUGUUUUUUUAAUGACAGUAAAAACUUCAUCCUCGCCCCAACAAAAAUGAAGUACAAAAGCUAAAUCACCAUGUAUCAUUCACCAUGUUCAGAAUAAUAAACUCAUGUAAGCUGCUGAAAAACCAGUCAAGGCUAAUCGCAAGAUCUUUCGCCUUAAAACCCAACAGCAAUUUCAAGACCAAGAUUAGUCGACUUCUGUACGCGAUAGGAACGGGAUGUACUCUCACCGUCUUAUAUCAGCUAAGAACGGUUUAUCAAAAACCAGUCGCUUUACCAUUGGAGGGUGGAACACUACGGCAGCAAUUUAAUUUCAUCGACAAAGUGGUGCAGAAAUGUUCGCCAAGCGUCGUGUACAUCACAAUUCAAAACGCAAAUCGCAUCGACCCCCAGACGGGCCAACCUCAAACUUUGUCUAACGGGUCUGGGUUUCUGGUAGAUGAAAACGGUUGGAUCCUGACAAAUGCACACGUUGUAAUCGGCAAGCCGAAUAACAUUGUAUCGGUAAUGAUGAGUGAUGGAAGCACGUACGAAGCAUCCGUCGAGAAUGCCGAUAUGAACAUCGACCUGGCACUCUUAAGAAUACACGCGAAGAAAAAGUUGCCCUAUUUGCCAUUGGGCAGCUCCAAAGAUGUGACAACCGGCGAAUGGGUUGUCGCACUGGGCAGCCCGUUAUCAUUGAGCCACUCGGUUACGGCCGGAAUUGUCAGCUCAGUGGAUCGAAGAGCAGACGAGUUAGGCAUGCGCAAUUCCUCAAUGCGUUACAUUCAAACGGACGCGACAACCACUUUUGGUAACUCUGGGGGACCUCUGGUCGAUUUGGAUGGAAAAGUUAUAGGGAUUAAUAAUUUGAGGGUAACCGCCGGUAUUUCCUUUGCGAUCCCCGUUGAUUAUGCCAAACGGUUCUUGGAUGGUAGCAAGUCUAUACUACAACCGGUACCAGUAAAUUACCAAGGGAAUAAGGCGGUGUUUUUGGGAAUAGUUCCAAUGUUCAUUACACCCCAAGUACUUACAACACUUGGCCAACAUCAAACAAUUCCUGAAAGCCUUACCAGUGGUAUUCUUGUGUGGAAAGUUAUACGAGGCGCUCCUGCGUAUGUAGCUGGUCUUCAACAAGGCGACAUAAUUACUAGAAUUAACGAUGUCAAUGUGUCCGAAGUGUACGAUAUCUACCGAUUUAUAAAAGGAGAUAUUCGCACGCUUUCGAUUUCAGUCAUUCGAAAUGGAAGCGAAGUAAAAAUCAAACUUGACGUACCGUAGAGCAGUUUACAUAAAAAAAAUUAGUCCAAUGCAAAUAAAUCUCUAUAUACAAUUA